AUGUAUAAUGCAACUAUUACAGUUCUUGAACAUUUGGCGGUUGAAGGAUCUGCUGCUCAGCGAGGUGAUGCUAUUUAUACUUUUAAAGCAAUGAUGUCAUUUGAUUUUGUUUUUAUUCUACAUGUGAUGAAAGAACUAAUGGGAAUCACUGAUAAACUUUGUCAAGCUUUGCAACAAAAAUCUCAAGACAUAUUGAAUGCUAUGUGUUUGGUUUCUAGCACAAAAACACUAAUUCAAAAGCUCAGGGACUUUGGAUGGGAUUCCCAUUUUGAAAAAGUAAAAUCUUUUUGUAAUACUCUGAAGAUUCCAAUUCCUGAUAUGAGUGCUUCUUUCGCCGAUUUAAUUCGAUCUCGUCGUCAAAUGGAUUCUGUGACAGUUGAGCAUCAUUAUCGUGUAGACUUAUUUAAUGCUAUCAUAGAUUAUCAAUUAAAGGAGUUGAAUAAUAGAUUCAGUGAGCAGACAACUGAGCUUCUCGUAUUGAGUGCAGCUUUAAAUCCCAAUGAUGCAUUCAAGUCAUAUAAUGCUGACGACAUUUACAAUCUUGUUGAGAAAUUUUAUCCUUCAGAUUUUUCUACUCAAGAAAAGACUCAAUUGGAAUAUGAGUUGCAACACGAUGAGUUUGAUGUGCUUAAAGAUGUCAAUUUUCAGAUGUUGUCCACUGUUGGUGAAUUAUGUCAAAAAUUAGUUAAGAGUGGUAAAUCGAAUUCUUAUCCUUUGAUUGAUAGAAUGCUUCGCCUUGUGUUGACUCUUCCUGUUUCGACAGCAACCACCGAACGCGCAUUUUCAGCCAUGAAAAUUAUAAAAACAAGGCUCCGCAACAUGGAAGAUGAUUUUCUCAAAGAUUACAUGAUUGUGUAUAUUGAAGAUGAGAUUACUGAAAAAUUUACCUCAAAUGAGAUAGUUGAUGAAUUCAAGUGUAUUCAAUCUCGACGAGUGCACUUUUAG